AUGGCAGAGAACCCGUCUCCUUUGAGUCCAAGGAAUCGCCCUUUUGAGGCCGGUUCUUCGUACGUUUCUCCGUGCUUAGAAGACUUGGAUGGCUUAAGAGACGGUCUUUCACUUCCCGGAGGAAGAGUCAUCCGUACACCUGGCUCUGACGCAGAGGAUGACAUUGUCAAGUCAGAGCAGGAAGUCGAAGUGGAAAGCGAUGUUAACUUGCCGGCUACGCAGAUUUCCACGAAGAAGAGGAAACCGCGGACUAAGCCUGACCCGCCGGGUUCCAKGCUUUCCACUGGUCAGMCUCUACGUGACCUUCGUGCUCGUUUCAAGAUCUCCAAGGAAAUUAAGUUUGCUCUUCCGUCUUCGUCAGACCGAGCUGACGACCCUCCGGAGGGCUAUUUUACUGCAGAGCUUUUUACCAGGUCAUCAAAGACUUCCCCAGCAAGGACAACUUCUGGUUUGAAAAGUUCUUCUUUGUGA